AUAGCAGAGCUCGGACACAUCUGGAGGAACAGCUGCAGGAUGAACUGCUUCACUCUGCUCUGCUUGCUGGGCUUCGUGCUCAAAGAGGCGCAGGCAUGGGGCUACAAGGACGGGAUAUUUCAUAACUCCAUCUGGCUGGAACAAGCAGCUGGAGUUUACCACCGGGAAUCACGCAAAGGGAGAUACCAGCUGACAUAUAAAGAGGCCAAGGCCGUCUGCAAGUACGAGGGAGGAAAGCUGGCCACUCACAAACAACUGGAGGCUGCUCGUCAAAUAGGUUUCCACGUGUGUGCAGCCGGAUGGUUCGACAGAGGGCAUGUUGGGUACCCCAUCGUUAAACCGGGCGUUAACUGUGGCUUCGGGAAGAUCGGCAUCGUGGACUACGGAGCGAGAAUAAACAAGAGUGAGAGAUGGGACGUGUACUGCUACAACCCAGACUCUAAGGAGUGUGGGGGGGUGCUGACGGACCCUCAGAGGAUCAUCCAGUCUCCCGGCUUCCCGGAGGAGUACCAGGACGAGCAGAUCUGCUACUGGCACAUCCGGGUGCGUCUGGGCCAGAGGAUCCAGCUGCACUUCCAGGAGUUUGACGUGGAGGAGGACUCGGGCUGCCUGGCCGAUUACCUGGAGGUCUACGACAGCUACGACGACGUCUUCGGGUUCGCUGGCAGAUACUGUGGCGAUUAUCUACCUGACGAUAUCAUCAGUACAGGAAACGUGAUGACGCUGAAGUUCCUGUCUGACGCUUCAGUCACAGCCGGAGGCUUCAAGUUACAAUACGUCGCUAUGAAUGCGUCUCUGUUUCCUCAGAAUCCCUCACCCUACUUCCACUGACAGACUCCUCCAUACACUGUGAAACUGUUGCUGUGUUCAUCAUGCUGUUGAUUUCAUUCUGUGCUGUAAUUAAUAUGUUCUU